AUGGGGUUUCUGGUAACUACGUUGAUAUUCGUAGUGGUUGGGGUUAUUGCGUCGCUUAGCGCCAGAAUCUGCUGCAACAGAGGACCCUCUGCGAAUUUGUUACAUCAGACAUUGGUUAUUACUGCAACGGUUUGCUGCUGGAUGAUGUGGGCAAUUGUGUAUUUAUCACAGAUGAAGCCAUUAAUUGUUCCAAUUUUGAACGAGUCUGAGUGA